UAAUUCAAAGAAUUCAAGCUAAUCGGCCCGAAACGAUUCAAACUCUCUUAAAGUAUGAGAAAAGACCCGGUCAAGCGCAAAGGUUUUUUGCUCGAAUUAACAAGGACUUCAGGUGGCCCUCUUCGAUGCCAGAAUACCUUAGAAAGAGUGCCUUCUAUGACAUCGCUGAAGAUGGGCCUGACUUCGAUGCUGAGGUUGGUUUUAACAUCAUAUUCUUCUACAACGCACUUGACAGAGGUGAAUUUAUUGGACAUGAAAACGAGUGGGUGACGGUAUACAAACAGAAAGUAUUAGAAUGUGGGCAAAGGUAUGAUGAUGAUAAAUUGACCUCCGUUCUCGACGCUAUGCCAAGUGCUGUUCAAAUCCCUGUUGAUCAGACACGUUUGCCACGUGGUCCACCGACAAAGAUGGUGACAGUUCAUCGUACCAAUAAUGGUGCUCCACAUACAAUAUUACCGCAUUAUGUUAAAAAAACGCUUGGUAGGAAGGGAUGGAGUACGCUUAAAGCAACUGCCGUAGGUUAUGGAGAGCCUACAGAACAACAUUUUGCAUCUCAAAUGUUUGAGGUGUCAAUUGGUGACAACUACAACUGGAGCAAAUGGGUACAGGCAAAAAUUGGAGUCUGGGAUAUUUAUGCUGAAGAUGAAAGUAGACUAACUGGAUUUAUGAUUACCUGUGCUUAA